UUUGAAUUCAUUUCCAAUGGUUCUGGACAUGCGAAACGUUAAUGUUGGGCAUGAGCUAUCGUGGUAACUAGCGCUAUUUCAAUGUAGUGUAGAUCUACCAGGUGCACCGUGCUGCCUCUCAGCAGUGCUGGUGAGUUCAGUGAUGGAGACAACUUCGUUCGUGGCCACUCAGUCUGACAGUACUGGCGAGGAGUUCAACUCACGUUCAUAUCAUGAGCAAGAUGAUGAUGACCAGGAGGGCUUGAUUUCAGUGCAGGACCAGGAUCAACAUGGGAUAAGAAGGGUCACUAGAAUAAUCCAGCACUACUGGAAAGCAUUCAUCAUCAUUGCUGGUCCUCUAUUGUUACUACCUCUGGCUAUUGGUUCACAGGAAGCAAAGGCCGGUUAUGUCAUACUGCUUGUCGCUCUGUUCUGGGUGACAGAGGCAGCACCCCUAGCUGGUGUGGCACUCCUGCCACUAUGUCUGUUUCCACUGCUUGGUGUUCUAACUGCCUCUCAAGCAUCUGCUUCUUAUCUCAAGGAUGCGAAUGUGUUGUUCAUGGGUGGUUUGAUCAUGGCCGUGGCAGUGGAGCGGUGGAGUCUGCACGAGAGAAUAGCCCUGGCUGUGCUCAUGCUGCUCGGCACGUCCAAAAGCAUGCUGCUGUUCAGCUUCAUGCUAGUGACUGGCUUCCUGUCGAUGUGGAUCAGCAACACCGCCAGUAGUGCCAUGAUGCUGCCCAUAGCACAGGCUGUGCUCGAAGUACUGGAUAGUGGUGUGGCAGAGCAAUCAUCUGAUGACAGUGGCACUGAGCAGUCAAGAGAACCUAACCAAACUGCUGGUGCUACACACACUGACUCCGCAGAAAAUCAGAAGCGUACUGACACACUGCGCUUCAAGAAGGGCAUGAUGUUGGCCGUAGCGUACAGUGCCAGUAUUGGUGGAAUAGCCACAUUGACUGGCACCGGACCCAAUCUUGUGAUGGCCGGACAAGUUAGUACGCUGUAUCCCACCUCUUCUGGCAUCAGCUUUGUCAAGUGGAUGUUGGUCGGCCUACCCACUGCGGCCUUGCUGCUCUUCUUCGGCUGGCUCUGGCUGAGCUUGCUUUUCGACCGACAGGGAAACCCUCUGCUGCGCGUAUACCGCUUUCUCCGCCGCCGGCUGACUGAGAAAUCUGGUAAAUACACGGUGAAUGAGCGGCAGGCCGGUGACACCGGCGCGACAGGUAGCGACGCGAUCCAGUCUGUUCAGGUAGUGUUACGGCAACGGUACCAGCGCCUAGGACGACUGACGUUUGCGGAGUGUGUGGUCCUCGUCGAUUUUAUUCUCCUCGUGUUGGCAUGGCUGUUCCGGCAUCCUGGAUUGCCUGGCUUCGAUGCCGGUUGGAGCAGCCUGUUCCGUGAUACAGAUGCGGGCAAGAGCUAUGUGUCAGACAGCACCGUAGCCAUUGUCUUCUCAUCUAUCCUGUUCUUUCUGCCUUCCGAAUGGCCUCUUUCAAAAGAGCAACGGUCAUCCCGCAAGCCAAUCAAGCGGAUCUUGGACUGGGACAGUGUGCAUACCAAGCUGCCAUGGAGCGUCAUCAUUAUCUUGGGCGCUGGCUUUUGUCUGGCCGAGGCUUCCAAGGAGUCAAAGCUUUCCUGCUGGUUUGGAUUGAAGCUGAGCAACUUGAGCGAGCUGAAUCCCACUUUGGUGCAGUUUCUCAUCAUCCUGUUCAUCACCUUGUUCACGGAGGUUGCAUCGAACGUCGCCUCUGCCACCAUAUUCCUACCAAUCCUGGCCCAGCUGACUACCAGUGGCCUGCAUAAGAAUCCUCUGUGGCUGAUGAUACCGGCAACGAUCAGCUGCUCGUUCGCAUUCAUGUUGCCGGCCGCCACACCGCCCAAUGCAAUUGCAUUCUCCUACGGGCACUUGAAAGUUCCCGAUAUGGUCAAGGCUGGCUGUGUGAUGAACCUCCUUGGCAUUCUGACCGUUUUCUUCACCGCCAACACGAUAGCCCGCGCCGUGUUUACCCUCGACACGUUUCCGGACUGGGCGACUUCGAAUGUCACCGACCCGAGCUCCUGUGCACCGCUGGUGGUGCCGAACGUUACCAAUCUCACCUUUGUCACAUGACGAUGACCCCAUUUCUCUAGCUAGUAGCUAGCUGCUUACAUCUUCUGGAGAUUGUAUGGCUGCUACUCUCUAUGCUACUUCAAGUACUUAUGAGCCUGGCGUGCACACCUGACCAAGGAAUGGCCGAGCUGGCAUUGUUGAAUGGCAGCUCCAAGAGUCUUCCCAGUGUCCAGCACCACCGCUUUGGUCAGUGCCUCGGCUGGACGUGACCAACCUGCUGAUCACUACCAGGAUAAUGAUGAUCUGUGAUCAUCUGUGACCGGGCCCUGUACCAAACAACCUAUGCCAAUCAAGUAUGUUAUGUUGAUCGACACCGCUGUCGAUGAUGUCAUGACCGGUGUGCAUGACCUAAUUUAUUCUUGAUGAGACCGGAAAGCACAAAACACAAAAAUUUAAUGGCAAUGGCUAGUCUAAGUCUCGCAUAUUCGAGUCUCCCAUGGCAAGCCUUGUCUCAUCUAACAUCCUGGAUUAGUGUUUCUCUUUUAGAACUUUUAACCUCUUCGAAAGAUAGCCUCUGAACUGCAAUUCAAGAAAUUUUUAUCUAUCAGUAUUUUGGCCUUAGCCUUUUAAAAAGUAUUUAAAAAAAGAUGAAUUGUCUGCACUGGAGUCUGCACACCCUGAACAAUGCUUUAGUACUUACAAAAACUGGCGGUGCGUGUUUGUGCUACCGUAGGCUGAAUUGCUGAUCCGCCUUGUUAUCUAUACGAGUGUUUAGUUGACAUAUGCUGUUAGUUAUCAUUGUUGGCGUAUUUCCAUUAUUUUACAAAGUUAUUUUAUUGAUUUCUUAGCCCAGUGAAUGGCAAUAGCUCUGUCGUUGUCUAGCAUUGCCGUGUUCCCUCUUCUAGAUUUGUACCCGCUUUCUCAGUUUUACUCCCAACGGUCCGGAACUUUACCGCAUCCGAUGGUGAUAUCAA